GUAACUUUUUGUUGGAUUGUUGCACUGUUUGUCAAAUGGCUAUGUAAAAGUAGAUGUAAUUCUGAAAAUUCGUACAGCUCGUAUAGCUUUCACUCAAAGUUCAUGUAGUCUAGCAUUGUCUUGUAGCGCGGGGGAGAAAGAAAACUUACCAUAUAUUUACCCCCGCCAGGGAGCUCGACUCCCUGGCACUGACAAUGGCUGUUGAUGAGAAGCAUAGGAAAUCAACAGUUGUUGCUUAUAUUCUCUACUUUCUUGGCUCCUUCAUAGGAUUGCAUCACUUUUACCUUGGAAGAGAUUUCCAGGGAUUUCUUUAUCUGUCAUCUCUGGGAGGAUAUGGACUCGGUGUUGUGGUGGAUCUCUUCCGUCUGCGCAGAUAUGUAGCGGACGCCAAUGAGGAAGAUGAAGAGAUGGCACUGUACAAAUUGUCCAAGAAACUGAAAAAGCCAGGGUGGGGAUUGGAGAGAGCCAUCUAUCAGACAGUCACUGGCACGUUAUAUUCGGUCGUAGCAUGUGGAUGCGUUGAUUCAACAUGGCGAUACUCCAGCAUCAUCACGUUCGUAGUUAGUACUCUUGCUGUGUCUCUGGGAGUUUGGAUUGCCGGCAACUAUGGUCGGCAGCGUGUUGACUUCACAUAUCCAGUGCGUGGAACUAUCUUGACCUAUUCAAUGAUGUGGUUCUUGAGUGAGCAACCAAACAGCUUCUGGCUUUCCAUUGGCGCUAUGAUAUCUGCCCAGCACAACCGAGAGUUCAGGAACUUUGGAGCUGCCCAGCGCCGCAAGCGGGGAUUCUGCCGCAGAUGUUUGAUCCUAGCUUUCGGCACAAUUCUUCUCCUUGGAGGUGUAGUUGGCUUUGCGAUGAUGAACGGUGAGGUCGAAGGAGACUCCGGCGAAAAGAUUCCACUUCACGUUGCUGCUCGAAACUUCUUAGCAUCACCUGUUUGGUUAGAAAUGCGGCAAGCAGUGAAAGAACUCUGGCAGGAACUGACGAAAGACGGUUGGUCAGGUUUCUUCUACAAAUUACGUGACAUGGCAGAUGUUGAUGGAGAGAACAAAGCCCUAAGGACAUUGGAAUUGACGCCGUAUGCCACAGAUCAUGAGAUCAAGAGCCAGUACCGCAAGCUUGCGAAGCUUUAUCAUCCAGACAUGAACCGAGACAAUCCCUCUGUGGCUGCGGAGAGAUUCAUGGAGGUAAGCUCAGCGUAUGAGACUCUGAUGAAAAUCAAGUCCGCUCGCAGUGACGUGGCGAGACAUGGUGAAUCCACCUUUGAUGGCGAAGCAGGUCGCCGUGCUGACAAGGAGCAUUUUCAUGAUGAAAUGUGAUCAUUUCUCUCUCUUUUUUAAAGGAAGAUUUUAGGAUCACAGUUUAUAUCACCAUGCUUCAACUUACCAACCGGUGUAUUCUCAUUUUAGCUGCUUAGUUGUUUUUUCGCUUAUUACUUUAUAUCGUGAGUCUCGUCCCCAUGUCCUUUUUUUAAAAUGUUUUAUGGUUGUCUGUGAUAUUUCAACUACUUUGCUGUCGGGCCUCCAUUUCUUCGGCUAAGGUGCAACAUUGGUACUUGUGUGCGCCUUGUUCCAACCAUUGGUUCUUUAUGCUUCUUCUCUCUUUCUUUCCUAUUUUCUAGCGCAGUGUCUGUGUACAUAUCUGUUCCUGUCACAGGGCGAAUCAUUGUUCUGUUGUA